AUGAAUGCCGACGGCAUCGAGAGUAGUCUGGAUGUAUCAGGUCAAAGAGUGAGCAUGAUCUCGCGUUACAUGGAUCUGGUGCUACCACAGGGGACCCCGGCAUCGUAUCAUCAUCCCGUACCAAUUCAUAGUUUGCCCAACGAGAUUCUGACGGAGAUUCUGUCGACCGCUGUCUCGGCCACGUCACCCGGACUAGGUGUUAUUGAUGUCUCUCAGGACAUCAUCACACUGAGCCACGUCUGUUCGUACUGGCACAGACUAGCGGACCAGGAUGCAAGGCUGUGGUCGACGAUACUCAUUCGCGGCACGACACUCGACGACAAGUCACGUCUAGCAAAGUAUCUGCGACAAUCGUGCGCAUACCCCAUCCAUAUCAUCAUCACGCCCCUACACAUCCUGGACGACGAUUUCCGUGGCUGCAUUGUGAGCCUUCAACCCCACAUGCAUCGCAUCAAACGAUUGUUCGUCAAAAUGAACAACAGCUGGGUUAUGGAGAACGUCAUCAGCCGCCUCACAAACACUGCCCCUCAACUCGCAGAGCUCACUCUCGGCCUCGUCCAGCCUGAGUCCUGGGUCGAUGCACUGGCAACGGCUUUCGACUCACGGGCGCCAUACUGUCACAUCGUAGCAUCUACGCUGUUCGGCGGAAACACCCCUGCGUUGCGUUCUCUCUACCUGUCGUCUGUGUCGUUUCCCUCGUCCAUUGUGGGGAAUUUGCACCACCUGACGCUGGAUGACAUGUUCAACCGCUACGAAGCUGUUGAUGAACUUCUGGACGUGCUCAAGAAAUGUUCCGAGCUCGAAUCUCUUACCAUGCGAUAUGUUCCUGUCUUGCACCCACCGAUGGAAAUGGACCCAGAACCCCCCGUUGCCCGACGCGCAGACGAGGACGCUGUCUCUCUGCCCGCUCUGCGACGCCUCGUUCUCGCUGGUCAGUUUGUCUCAUAUGUUAGCCACUUCCUCGCGCGAGUCUCCAUCCCUGGUCCCACAAAGUGCGCAUUCCACAUGAUGGUUAACAAUGCUCCUGUCGCGCACCUGGACCCUGGCAUGUUCUUCGGAACUUGCGAGUCUACCAAUAUCUUCUCAUCGCUGCGCAUCCUCGAGGCUUGCGUGGCCACCUCCGGUCGGCUCGUCGUCAAGGGUUACACGACCGACAACCUCCCAGUGAUGGUGGACUCGCCUGCGACCGUAGACUCUGAGCCGGCCUUCACACUUGAGUUCCUCGAUGUGAAUCCUGUCGCCACACUGUCCUGCCUCGCUCCAGGACUCACGCGGCAGCCCGGCGAGCCCACAAUGCACACACUUAUCGUCCGUGGUACCCCGCUCAAUAUGUCAGGCAUGCGCUGGCGGCACCUCCUCAUCGGGAAGCACACGGGAAAUCUGCGCACCUUACGCCUCGUCGAAAUCGCCGCGCAGGACGCUGAGGAUUUUGUCUCCACGCUGUCCUCCCCGGGCCCGUGUACGCCUCCUGAGCGCGAGUUGCCGCUCCUCCCGUAUCUGGCGACACUUGUGAUUGUGCGGCCUGUGGGAGGUUUCACCGAACUGUUGCGAGACGCACUGGAGAAAGCGGUACGGUAUUUGAGCGAGGAUGGCAAGCUGGAGACGGUGGAGUUGGUGCAGGAGCCGGGCGUGACGAUAGACUGGGGGUCUCUGCUGGAUGGGGACGGUGCUUCGUGA